CUCUGAGCGCGCGGCUCUCUGUAACUGCAAGCGAGCACAUAACGAAGGUAAAACAUCCUCACACAAGACCGCGAAAAAACGACAUUUAGCGGCGUGGACCAGACAUAUAGAGCCUGUUUGGAAUGUAAAGUGGAUUAUUACGCUUUGGGAUAUUUUUUUACGAAAACUGAGCUAUUGUGCGCUAGACGGGGCAGAGUAACCGUAUGGACUACAUUACCCACAAGGCAUCAUGCAGUCUGCACUGGUUUCCCUAAAUACAGAAAGAGUCCGACCUGGAGGACCUGUCUGGAUGAUUGAGGUCUGAGGAAAUACCAGAAGAAAACAGCACCUCAGCAGAAACACAGCACCUCAUCUGCUCGUCUCCUCAAGUUUAUCCAUUCCAGGAAACGUGGAAGAAGUACUUUUAUUGUCGCCUGACAGAGAUUGGAUUGUUGUGCAAUGUCAUUGGCCUUAUGACUGUUAUUUAAGACUGUUCUCCUCCUAACUCCCUCUCCUCUUUUAGGAUAUUUUCUUGUUUGUCGCUGCGUUUGACGAUCUCACCUCUUCUUUAAUAUCUCUGGGUAUACUGUGGGAUGUACAUUGGAUAUACUGACCUUUGAACCAAAGCGAAUUCAAUGAUUUCCUUCUGUUCAGGAUAAUAACCCCAAAUCUCCAGCACUUUUAAAAUGAAUUUCUUCAGAUUCUCAGUCCAGUUGCAGCUGCUGAUCAGUACUGUGCUUGGGCCCUGUUUGGGCCUAGAGUUUACAGGGUCGCAAGGUCAGUGGGCACGCUAUCUCCGCUGGGACGCCAGCACCAGAAGUGACCUCAACUUCCAGUUCAAAACAGACGUGUCCACCGCCUUAAUCCUGUACUUUGACGAUGGUGGCUUCUGUGACUUCCUGCAACUCAUGGUGGUCGAAGGGAAGCUCCAGUUGCAGUUCGGCAUUGACUGUGCUGAGACCACCGUCAUAUCGGACAAGCGAGUCAAUGACAGCAGCUGGCAUUCUGCCACCCUGAGCAGGUACAACCUGAGAACUGUGCUGGUUCUGGAUGGAGUGAGCAAAUCGGGCGAGGUGCGGCCACAGAGGCAGUACAUGAAGAUCGUUAGUGACCUCUUCCUGGGCGGAGUCCCUCAAGAUAUUCGUAUUUCUGUGCUCACUCUCCCAACAGUGAAGGAUCUUCCGCCAUUUAAGGGAAUUAUCAGGGAACUGAAGUACAAUAACAAGGAACCUAUUCUGCUAAGCAGCCAGAGGGUCCGCAUGGACAUAGAGGGGAUCUGCAUGGAGAACCCAUGUGAGAACGGAGGAACGUGCUCCGUUGUGGAUGGGGAACUGCUUUGUGAUUGUUCUAAGACGGAAUACGUUGGCCGAUUCUGCAACGAAGAGGCCAACAACAUUCCAGGAUUUGCACACAUGAUGAUGGCGGAUCAAGAUGUGAACUGUGCUUUGACCGUCUCUUCAUAUCUCUCCAUGCUUACCUUCUGUGGAUACUCUAUCUCUGUUCCUUUUCAACUCCUUUCUCAAGCCAAGGGCAAAGCGCGAGAAGAGAACGUGGCCACAUUUAGAGGUUCCGAGUACUUCUGCUUCGACUUGUCUCAGAAUCCCAUCCAGAGCAGCAGCGAUGAAAUCACAUUGUCCUUCAAAACCUGGCAAAGAAAUGGCCUUAUCCUUCACACGGGCAAGUCAGCAGACUACGUCAACCUGGCCCUGAAAGAUGGGGCUGUUUCGUUGGUCAUCAACUUGGGAUCCGGAGCCUUUGAGGCCAUUGUCGAGCCAGUCAAUGGCAAAUUCAACGACAAUGCCUGGCAUGACGUGAAAGUCACGCGCAACCUCAGACAGCAUUCAGGUAUUGGACACGCUAUGGUAAACAAACUACAUUGUCUGGUGACAAUAUCUGUGGACGGCAUCCUGACUACAACAGGCUAUACGCAGGAGGACUACACAAUGCUGGGAUCAGAUGAUUUCUUCUACGUCGGAGGAAGUCCAAGCACAGCAGACUUACCUGGGUCGCCCGUCAGCAACAACUUUAUGGGUUGCCUGAAAGAGGUUGUUUACAAAAACAAUGACAUCCGGCUGGAGCUCUCCCGGCUCGCCCGCAUUGUGGAUCCCAAAAUGAAGAUCCAGGGAGAUGUGGUGUUUAAGUGCGAGAACGUGGCCACCCUGGACCCCAUCUCAUUCGAGACACCCGAGGCCUACAUCAGCCUACCCAAGUGGAACACCAAACGCAUGGGCUCCAUCUCCUUCGACUUCCGUACCACUGAACCAAACGGCCUUAUUCUCUUCACCCAUGGGAAACCGCAGGAAAGAAAGGAUGCCCGCAGUCAAAAGAACACAAAAGUGGACUUUUUUGCAGUAGAGCUUCUGGAUGGAAGUUUGUACCUGCUGCUGGACAUGGGCUCUGGGACUAUCAAAGUGAAAGCCACACAGAACAAGGUGAACGACGGGGCCUGGUAUCAUGUGGACAUCCAACGAGAUGGAAGAUCAGGCACCAUAUCUGUUAACAGCCGCCGCACUCCAUUCACUGCCAGUGGUGAAAAUGAGAUCUUGGACCUGGAGGGGGACAUGUACCUGGGUGGCCUCCCCGAUACCCGGGCCGGUCUUAUCCUUCCCACCGAACUAUGGACUGCCAUGUUAAACUACGGCUAUGUGGGAUGCAUUCGCGACCUGUUCAUUGAUGGUCGCAGUAAGGACAUCAGGCAAAUCGCUGCGGACCAGAACGGUGCAGGCAUCAAACCUUCCUGCAACAAGGUGUCAGGCAAACAGUGCGACAGCUAUCCGUGCAAGAACAAAGGAAUGUGCAAAGAAGGAUGGAAUCGCUUUAUCUGUGACUGCACAGGCACCGGUUACUGGUCCCGUACAUGUGAGAGGGAGGCGUCCAUCUUGAGCUAUGACGGGAGCAUGUACAUGAAAGUGGUGAUGCCUACUGUGAUGCACACUGAAGCGGAGGACGUGUCCCUUCGCUUCAUGUCUCAGCGGGCAUAUGGCCUGCUCAUGGCCACCACCUCACGCGACUCUGCCGACACUCUUCGGCUAGAGCUGGACGGCAGUCGCGUCAAACUCACGGUCAACUUAGACUGUAUCAGGAUAAACUGUAACUCCAGCAAAGGACCAGAGACACUGUAUGCCGGACAAAAACUCAAUGAUAAUGAAUGGCAUACUGUGCGCGUGAUCCGGAGGGGCAAAAGCUACAAGCUAAUGGUUGACGAUGACGUAGCAGAAGGUCAGAUGGUGGGCGAUCACACCCGGUUAGAGUUUCACAACAUCGAGACGGGCGUGAUGACCGAGCGCCGUUUCGUCUCCAUGAUCCCCUCCAGUUUCAUCGGCCACCUGCAGAGCCUCAAGUUCAAUGGCAUGCUCUACAUCGACCUGUGCAAGAACGGCGAUAUCGACUACUGCGAGCUCAACGCUCGCUUCGGCAUGCGCUCCAUCAUCGCAGACCCCGUGACAUUCAAGUCCAAGAGCAGUUACCUGAGUCUAGCGACUUUGCAGGCUUACACAUCCAUGCACCUUUUCUUCCAGUUCAAGACGACCUCUCCAGAUGGAUUCAUCCUCUUCAACAGCGGGGAUGGAAGUGAUUUCAUCGCUGUAGAGCUGGUGAAAGGGUACAUACAUUACGUGUUUGAUCUUGGCAACGGGCCCAAUGUAAUCAAGGGCAACAGUGACCGAGCUCUCCAUGACAACCAGUGGCAUAACGUUGUCAUCACUAGAGACAACAGUAACGUCCACACACUCAAGGUCGAUGCCAAGGCAGUGAGUCAAGUCGUCAACGGCGCUAAAAAUCUGGACCUUAAAGGUGACCUCUACAUCGCCGGAUUGGGGCCCAACAUGUAUAACAGCCUGCCCAAACUUGUGGCCUCUAGGGAUGGUUUUAAGGGUUGCCUGGCAUCUGUGGACCUGAACGGACGCCUUCCCGACCUCAUAAAUGACGCCUUGUUCCGCAGUGGUCAGAUCGAGCGGGGAUGCGAAGGUCCUAGCACUACAUGCCAAGAAGACUCCUGUGCCAACAUGGGGAUCUGCAUCCAACAAUGGGAGAACUACACCUGCGACUGUUCAAUGACCUCCUACACCGGGUCGCAGUGUAAUGACCCUGGAACAACAUAUAUCUUUGGGAAAGGAGGAGGCCUAAUAACCUUUAACUGGCCAGCCAACGAGCGGCCAAGCACCCGUACGGACAGGCUGACAGUGGGCUUUAGCACUUCGCUCAAGGAUGGGAUCCUGAUCCGCAUCGACAGCGCCCCUGGCCUGGGAGACUACCUCAUGCUCCACAUUGAGCAAGGCAAAAUUGGAGUCACAUUCAACAUCGGAACGUCUGACAUCACUGUUCAGGAGAGCAGCACCGCUGUAAAUGACGGCAAGUACCAUGUAGUGCGCUUCACCCGAAAUGGGGGCAAUGCUACACUUCAGGUGGACAACUGGGCCAUCAAUGAGCACUUCCCCUCAGGUAACAGCGAUAAUGAGAGAAUUCAAAUGGCCAAUAAGAAAAUUCCUUUCAAAUAUGCCCGGCCCGUAGAGGAAUGGCUUCAGGAGAAAGGGCGGCAGUUAACGAUAUUCAACACCCAGGCCACAAUAAGAAUUGGUGGUUCAGAUCACAAGAGGCCAUUUCAGGGCCAACUCUCUGGACUCUACUACAACGGUCUCAAAGUGCUCAACAUGGCCGCUCAGGGCAACCCUAACAUCAAAAUCAAUGGCAGCGUUCGCCUGGUGGGGGAGGUUCCCUCCGCAGGUUCAGCCAGAACCACGGCCCUCCCCCCGGAGAUGUCCACCACCUUUAUCGAGACCACCACCACCAUGUCCACCACCACCACGAGGAAACACCGCACUCCACCCACAAUACAGACCACAGAUGACAUGGUCUCCUCCGCCGAAUGCUCCAGCGACGACGAGGACUUUGCUGAGUGCGAAGGACAUGCAGGUGGGCUAGGAGGUGAAUUAGUUUUCCCAGUACUUGUAAAGGAUCCCUUAGAGCUCCCCUCUGUAGCCACUCGUACACCCUCCAUCCCCUUUCCCCCAACCCUCCGCCCCCACCUCACCAUUAUUGAGACCACCAAAGAGUCCCUGUCCAUGGCCACUGAGGCGGGGGUACCUUGCUUGUCGGACCGAGGCAGCGAUGAUUGUGAUGAUGAUGAUGAUGAUGGCUUGAUGAUAUCUGGGUAUGGCUCUGGGGAAGCAUACGACUCUAACCUGCCCCCUACUGAUGAUGAAGAUUUUUACACCACCUUCUCCUUGGUAACAGAUAAGACCUUGUCUUCGUCGACCUUUGAAGGUGGCUACAAAGCUCACGCGCCUAAGUGGGGAUCCAAGGACUUUAGACCUAGCAAAGUCUCCGAUUCUGGUAGGACUACUACCACGUCUUUUUCCCCCAAGCUGAGCCGCUCCACAACCACGUCCACGCCACCCAAACUGCCCGCGGGCAAAAUGAAUCACAGGGAGCUAAAGCCCCAGCCCGACAUAGUCUUGCUUCCAUUGCCCACUUCCUAUGAGGUAGACAACACAAAGCUGAAGAGCCCAUUAAUAACCUCCCCCAUGUUCCGUAAUGUACCCACAGCAAUCCCCACGGAGCCGGGCAUCAGGCGGGUUCCGGGGGCCUCCGAGGUGGUCCGUGAAUCUAGCAGCACCACCGGAAUGGUCGUUGGGAUAGUUGCCGCUGCCGCUUUGUGCAUCCUAAUUCUGCUGUACGCCAUGUAUAAGUACAGAAACAGGGACGAGGGAUCCUACCAAGUGGACGAGACCAGGAAUUACAUAACCAACUCAGCGCAGAGCAAUGGAGCAGUCAUGAAGGACAAGCAGCAGAGCACGAAAAGCGGCAACAAGAAACAGAAAAACAAGGACAAGGAGUACUACGUGUGAGAAUGUCGCCCGUUGCUUUGACAGAACUUUGAGCUGUUGGGCGCUGCGCCGAGGGCGACAGGAGCCGAACCCCGGCGCCGCGCCGAGAAGGCGAACUCUGAUGUAAACUGUACCAUAAAGCACACUUACAACUGUAAGCAUACCGCAAAGGUAAAAUAGCAAACAUUAGUGACCUUAUUCCUCUAUCUGGUCGGAGACGUUAUCAGUGUAGAAUAUUCCACAGCUACAUCAUAAUCCUAAGUGACUUUUAGAGGUAUGUGAACCUUGGCGUAAAUCUUGUUUUACUUUUCUUUUGUAACUCUGUAAAAAAAAAAAAAAGAAAAUUUAAAAAGAGGAGAACGUUUCAAGCAUGUAAGAGACACAUAGUGCUGACGUCCGUUACGAAAGUGGGACCCAAAAAAUGUUGUUCACGCGAAAAAAGGACUCCUGCCAACAAAAUAAAUAAAUGAAGAAAUAUAUAUGAAUAUAUAUAUAUAUAAAUUCUAUAUAUGAGAAAUUUGUAUUGUUUAUAUACAUUACAUGUGGUGUCUUAUCAUUUUUUGCUCUUUGCAAAAAGAAGAAAAACACGAUGUAAUAAACGAAGACCGGUCACAGAGGCUCUGACAGCACUGCACUGUUAUGAUUUCCAGCCGAAACUGAUCAUACUAAUUGUACAACCAACUGUAAUAUUGCAAAUGUGUGAGUUUCCAGAAAGACAGUGAGGUUUCCUUGUCUCAGUAAAGCGACUGAUUGUAGUGCAUGCCAUGCCAUCCUUCGCUUUGAUCAUGUCCGCCCACCGGGCCGAUCCGAUCACCAGAUAGACCUCUCGUCCCUCAAAGCGACUCAACAAGGAAACGGGCCGCAGAUUGGAACUGUUUCAACCGUAUGUAUGUUGGUCCAUUUGCUCUCGUCUCUUUUUUAUACAGCCGUCUGGUGCAGACUGGCGCAGUGCUAUGAUACUGUUAAAGGAUGUCUAUAUGAAAAUAAAUCUAAUGUGAAAAGUGUGAAAAAAAAAAAUCUAUCUGUUGUCACAGUCGACUGUGUCGAAUGAGAAAUUUGUUUACAUAUUUUAUUACAUGAUAGCAGUUGUACUUUGUAGGUAGAUGAUGUACAUACGAACCUAAGUUGUAUUUUUUUUAGUAAUUCUAUUGUACAGAGAGAUCAUUUGAUUGAUUUAUUCAGUGUGUUUCAUGCCGAAAAAUCUGACACUGUUGACUCAUGGGAAGCACGAAAAAUAUAUAUACAGUACACACACGUUUUGUAAAGACAAGCAGAGAAUACUGUUAGAUUAGAGGUCUAAACUUUCUCGCAGAUGUUUCUAAGUCUAAGCAUGGAUAUUUGACUUCUUGAAGCUGUCGAUGAAAUUCAAGACAUACUUCUUAAAUGUACGAAGGUUUCCUUGUUAUCAGUUGUUUUAUUUAUAGAAGAUUUAAAGAAAUAUGUAAUAAAGACAGACUAAUAUGGAUACAGACAUGCAGCUCAGAUAAUUUACGCCGUGUGUUUCUUACCUUAAUGUCUUAAUACAAGUGGCCUGGACUGCAAGUAAACCCUGUCACAUCGACGCAAUCUUUUGCCAUUUUUAUUCUUAUCCAUGUAUAUUUUUGCCAUUUUUUUUAUAUGUCUGUUAAUCACUGUAUCAUUAAUAUGAUGUCAAGAUGUGCCCACGUUAUUUUUUAAUCUUCUUUUUCUGUUGAACCUCACAUGUGCUUUUAUUAUUUUCAUUUAUGACAUCAUAGUCAUGUAGCUUUGCUUCAGGCAAUAUUUGGCGAUGAUCUAUAAUAAAAAAUUCCAUGGAGGUUGAUCAUA